ACAUGAAUCGGUUAAGAUCUUCUUUAGUAGGUCCAUGGUUAAGAUGCUCGGGCUGCAGCUAUAGGUUGUCUUCAGGACAGCCAAGUUGAAUUUACAGGCUAGACUGUAUUUCUUUUAAUGUCUUUUUUGUUGAGAAAGUUAAUGUGCGGUAUACAAUAAUGUAGACCAACUGCGCCCUCUGGCUCUCAUUGUUUAUUAAAUCAAUAUUGAUAUAUAUUGUAUAUAUAAUAAUAAUAAUUUAAUGAACAAUGGGCGCUAGGGGACGCAGUUUAGCCAAACUCUAAAACUAGGUCGCUGAAGCGCUUUCUUUCAAAACAAGUUCGGCCCCCAAUCAGCUAUUACAGUUUCCUGUGUGAUAUAUUAACCGCUACAAUCCGUAGAAGUAAAAGGAAUGUUGUAAGUGGAACACGGCGAAUUUCAUUUCAUUUUAUUGCAGUAAUGUUUGGACCAACAAAAGGCCGAUAAGCCUCGCAUCUGCACGUGCGGCAAAAGUUUACCUAAAUAUUUGAAAAGAUGGCCAGUUUGGCCACGGGUCGGUUAUGUCCUGAGGUAAAGACGACGACAUGACAACGACUUUCACACCGUGGGUUUAGUGACCUAGGAUCGGUCACUCCGGGGCCAUGAGGAGAAGCUACAGUGGCCUGCAAGGUGCCAGUGGGUACUUCUAAAUGAUGUCAUUAUCGCCAGCAUCCAAUAUCAAGUGAUGAUAACAAAAUCAGUUGACACACACCAGUCCCAAUGUGGGAGUGCUCCCAAAGGCUGGAAGGAGUCCACUGGUGGUCUACCUAUAUGCCUUCCCUGAAUGAGUCAUCCUACCGGCUCCUGAUUGGACAACGCCAUGCCAUCCCCAGGGAUUGCCUUGCAGAGGCAGAAAGGCCCAGCUUCCAUUCACAGAAACAUUGCCUGUGGGUGGCGAGGGUUUUGAGGCUGAGCAGCGCAGGCGGCCGCUGUAUCGCGUCAACACAGGAGGGGGACAUUACGGUCAGGUGGCCUGUGUGAUUGCUGCGAGGCAUUGGCAGCCCGGUGCCACCGCUGCUAUGCUACAGAAGUGGGCAAUAAGUACCGCCGCUCAGACAACCCUGUCAAUACGCUCGUGAGAGAGAGAGGGAGAGAGAGAGAGGGGGACAGACGAGAGGGGGCAGGUUGCGUGUCGGUCAGCCGGAAGAGAGCGAACGAGCACAAAGAGCAAAAAGAGAGCGCGGGAGCGGAGGGGAGAGAGAGAGAAAAGGGCAUGCUUCACCGUACCAAAUACAACCGCUUCAGGAAUGAGUCCGUAACGUCCGUCGAUGACCUCCUCCACGGCCUGUCCAUGAACUCCAAGGUGUCGGCAGCCCCCUCGCCAGCCUCCGCCGUGACGCCCUACACCGCCCCCGCCGAGGUCCACCCGUCCGCCGCCGCCGCCUCGCCGUCCGCCGUCGGCAGCCAGGGCUCGGACCACCACCCGGACGGCGAUGGGGGCACCACCCUCUGCACCCUCAUCAAUAAGGUGUCGCACCUCAAGUUCAGCAACUCGGGCAGCCUGCUCGGCAUCAAGGGCCUGCCCUCGGCCGUCAAGGACCUGGCCGUGUCCAAGUUGCAGGUCGGAGGCGGCGGAGGAGGUGGCGGUGGUUGUGGCGGCGGCGGCGGCGGCGGAGGCGGCGGCGGCGGCGGUGGGGGGUCAAGCCCCGGUGGGUCGGCCGCACACGUGGCAGCCCCCUGUGCGGCCGGCUCCAUGUGCAGCCACGGCUCCCCGGCAAGCGGCCCCGCCACCGGCAGCUCCGCCUGCACCAGCAGCUGCUCCCAGCUGGAGCCCGCCCCCGGGUGCAUGCACAAGAAGGGCAGGCCGGACGAGGCCCAGCCCGGCGCGGAGGACAGGACCCCGGGUCGAGGUGGUGGUGGAGGUACGGGCGCCGCCGCCACCACCGUCACCACCACCGCCGCCGGGCUGGUCAGUAAACCCCCCAGAGGGUGGCUUCACUCCAGUGAGAAGAUCUCUGGGCCUGGAGUUACAUAUAUCGUCAACUACCUUGGUUGCAUAGAAGUGCUACGGUCAAUGAGGUCCCUGGAUUUCACAACCAGAUCACAAAUAACACGGGAGGCCAUCAGCCUGGUAUGCGAGGCGGUUCCAGGGACAAAAGGAGCCCCGCGGAAGAGAAAGCCUCCUUCCAAAGCCCUGUCCAACAUCCUGGGGAAGAGCAACCUCCAGUUUGCCGGCAUGUCCAUCAACCUCAACAUCUCCACCAGCAGCCUGAACCUGAUGACCCCCGACUCCAAGCAGAUCAUCGCCAACCACCAUAUGCAGUCCAUCUCCUUUGCAUCGGGCGGGGACCCAGACACGACAGAUUACGUUGCCUACGUCGCCAAGGACCCGGUGAAUCGAAGAGCGUGUCACAUCCUGGAGUGCUCCGACAGUCUGGCCCAGGACGUGAUCAGCAGCAUCGGACAGGCCUUCGACCUGCGCUUCCAGCAGUACCUUCAGUGUCCCUCCAGCAAGCCCUCUUCAACGCACGACAGGGUGCUGAACAUGGAAGAGUUCCCGUGGACGGAGGAGGAGGAGGAGCCGGCGGAGCACCCUUACUACAACAACAUCCCCGGGAAGAUGCCCCCACCCGGGGGCUUCAUCGACUCCAGACUGGCCGGCCAGGGCGGGGCGUCUGACGGAGGCCAGACGGGCUCCGGCUCCGUGGACCCCGCGUACUACCAGGGACGCCACUGUGGAGAGAGCUGGGGCGAGGAGAAGACCCCCUCGCUCGUCACUCAAGGGUCGACGGACACAUACAGCCUCCCGGAGGCUAAGGGCCAGGCGUCCAAGGCGGGGGAGAUGCCCACGUACGUCAACACCCAGCAGAUCGACGCCCAGGUGCUGGCCGUGCUGCAGGCGGAGGCGGACCACGCCUCGGACGCCAAGAUCAGCCCGCAGAAGGACCUCUUUGACAUGAAGCCCUUCGAGGACGCCAUCCACUCCCAGCCGCCGCCGCCCUGCCACCCCGGGGCGGGCCAGCCGCUGCCCCCGGCCUGCUGCUCCGCCGCGGCGCUCCACAAGGCCUCCUCGGUGGACAACUGCAGCCCCCUGCUGGCGCGCGCCGUGGCCCCCCGGGGCCAGGAGGAGCUGGGGGGCCAGGCCUGGUACCACGGCCAGAUGAGCCGGCGGGACGCCGAGAAGCUGCUGCGGGACGACGGGGACUUCCUGGUGCGCAAGAGCACCACCAACCCGGGUUCCUACGUGCUGACGGGCAUGCACCACGGGCUGGCCAAGCACCUGCUGCUGGUGGACCCCGAGGGGACGGUAAGGACAAAAGACCACAUAUUUGACAGCAUCAACCACCUGAUUGGACACCAUCGCGAUAACAGUCUGCCAAUCGUAUCGGCCGGAAGUGAACUGUGUCUCAAACAGCCGGUCGGGAGGAAAUAGCGACUCUAUAACAGACCCGGAGUCUACGAACAAUAGAAACCGUCAACUUGAAACUUGAAGAUUACAUUGAACAGAGAAGAUGUGAUAUUUUGUUUGAUGGCUCAAUGGGUUUUGGGGAGGGGAUGCAAAAACAGCCCGCAGUUCUUCAAUGGAGGCUUUGGACGAAGCAGGAUUGUUUGAGAUAAAAAUGAUUUAUAGAACUGUUAUUAUUUUGUUGUGAAGACUGAAAUGCUAUAUUUUUGAAAAGAUAUAUAGGUGCAUUUGGACAUAAUAUGUUGAUUUGGCGUUUUGAGAUUUAAAGAAAAAAACUCAAGCAACUGUUCUUGUAGUUUUGGUGAAACGCAAUUCAAACCUCAAAGAGGUGGGGGAAGAGUAUUUUAGAAUAAAAAAAACAAACCCAAUUUCUUUUUUUUUCUGUCAAGCACAACCACGUUUUUACAGGUACUGUUGGCUAAAAGUUUGAAAAAAUAUACUGAAAUUGUUUGAAAAACCUACUGUUUGUAUCAAAACUAUUUUAGGACAAAAAAAAUCUCCUUUAAGCCCAGCAAUAGUGCAAACAGCUCAAUGAAUCAGUCACUAUAUCCAAUCGUUUUUUUGGUUUUAUCGGGGAGUAGUCGAGAAUGUUGCUUUGCAGUAUUAGUCACAAAGUGUUGGGGAUGGUACACCAACAUCCUUCAUAGUGCUGUCAAUGGCUUUAAAGAUUAACGACGUUUUUCUGUUUUUUAAAUGAAGUACUCUCUUGUGUCACUACGGUCGCAUGACUUGAAAAAUGUGUUCACGUGGACAUUGUUCAUAAACCUUGAUGCCCUUUUUCUCCUGAAGAGGUGCCUGCGUAUGCUCACACUGUAAAAUAUCUAUGCUUUCAAAGGAUAAUUCUUUCUCGAUUGGUUUUUAUCUGGAUUGUUUUCAAUAGGUGUGUAGUAAAUAAUUCGUUUUUUUUCUCGGGGCUUGAGUCAUGCAAAUGGAUGUUUUCACGCAUCCCUAAUUAGCGUUUCUGGCUUUAUCGUGACGUUUUAAAAGAAGAGUUUAUGAUUUGAUGAAUGGUCACAAAGGAAUAGCACAAUCUGAAACCUUAGAUCAUCUGUGUGAGUCGCACCAUGACGACUCACGCCAAUGUGUUCAGCAGUGAUUUACAAUAUAUACUAAAGAGACUGAUUUAGACAAAUCUUGUUGAUUAUUUCACUUUGUGCGCCCUCAAUUAAGAAUGUUGAAUUUUAGAUCACUUUCACUUAAAGUUGUAAAAAGAAAUAUGGAUUAGAAAUGGUUAUUUUGUUAUUGUUUUUUUACUUGAUUUAGUGUGUGAAUAUCUUCUAUUGGCAUCCCCAAAUUGAUAAUGUUUAUUAUCUUGCUUUAACCCCCUUCUUCUUACGUUUAAAAAGUCAAAAAUUUAAGCAGUAUUGUUUCUGGUUAUAUUUGACUUCCAUCUUUGGAACGACCUCAAUCUUGACCAACAAUGUGUUGAUUGAAACGCAUCGUGCACAUUAGGAAACUGUAACUGUAGUUUGACUAAACAUGGGGUGCCCUUUGGAAUGAGCUUGCAAUGUGUUAUUCAACAAUUAAUUUUCCUUCAACCAUUCAUUCAACCAAUUUUGAGGACAGUUUUAUUUUUCUCAUGCUUUAUACCAAUAUGAAUUAGGUAUUGAGUUUAAUAUGCACUGGACAAGUAAAAUUGAACCAAAAUCGGUGUGUGUGUUCAAUACGUUUGACAAGACAGAUGCAAUGUUCUUUAAUGUACCUGUAUUUUGCUGCAAGAUAAAGUGUACGUGCAUCACCCAAAAAAACUAAAUGACACAUCUUCAGAGGGAUUACACUAUUUUGAGAUUACUUAUAGGAACUAUUUCCACACAAUCUUAACACCUUACACCUGGCUAAAGUUUCCUCCUGAGAGGGGAAUGUUCCUAAAAGGUUCCUUUAGAGGAAAGUUCCUUCAAUGUUCCUUAGAGCAAAGUUUAUUCAGAGGAAAAUUCCCUCAAGGAUCCUUGCAAGAAAGUUCCUUCAAUGAUCCUCAGAGGACAGUUACUUCAGAGUUCCUUAGAGGAAAGUUCCUUCAAUGACCCUUGAGGAAGGUUACUUGGAGAUCCUUAGAGGAAAGUUCCUUUAAGGAUACUUAAAGAAAGAGUACUUCAGAGUUUCUUAGAGUUAAGUUCCUUUGAGGAUCUUUAGAGGAUGGUUACUUCAGAGCUCCUUAGAGGAAAGUUCCUUCAAGGAUACUUAGAGGAAGGUUGCUUCAAAGUUCCUUAGAGUAAAGUUCCUCUGAGGGUCUUUAGAGGAGAGUUCCUUUGGGAUCCUCCUUAGAGAAUAAAUCCUUCAGAGGAAAAUUCCUUCAACGAUCGUUAAAAUUUAUUCACAGAAAAUGAGAGGAAAGUUCCUUCAAUAUUCCUUAGAGGAAGGUAAUUUGUGUUUGUGACAGAGCCCUACACUGGGCUGCUCCUCUUACGUUUUGUUGACUAGAAACCACUGUAACCACAGUUACGAUCAAUAGAAUAUAUUUUCUAGAAAACGAGAACACAAGCUCAACUAACUCCUUGGUGACAGCUGUCAAUCAGACCCCUGACGAGAGCCAUGGCCUGAUGCCAACACACUUCGGUCUAUUUAGAUUGAUGCCUAUUUUUAUGAAGAACAUAGCAUUUAUACACAUAUAUAUAUAUAUAUAUAUAUAUAUAUAUAUACACUGUAUAUAUGUAUAAAUGCAAGGUUUGAAAUAGGAAUGAAGUAUCUUGCAGGACCAACUCUCUACUUGAAUAACUCUUGAAUAUUUAUGAAGAUCAGAAGUAUGUGUGGGGGGAGGGGGGCACACGCCGUACACAACCAAACAAGAUAUUUAAACUGUAAGACAUUUGUUAUUUUCUUCUCCAGAUUUCAGUUGAUGAAAAUGUGCCUUUUAUUUGUACCAGGUGUUUAAUUUAUUUAUUUAUUUCUCU